UAUGAUUGGACAUAGGCAUCUGUGCUGUAACGUCUGUUUUGUUUAUAGCCGGUACCAGAUGUGUGAGAACAUUUAAUGACGGCGAGGCUGUGGAUCACUGGAUUACUGGCUCAUGCACCAGCGUUGUUUCGUCAGUGUUGUGUUCUUACAUUCUGUAUGUGGAAGCAGUAAAUUUCCUUGAGGCUUUGGAACUACCCUCCUACUGCUUUCAAAGCAAUUUUGGAGGUAAAUUUGCUGACGUGAAGGAAGACUGAGGUGAGAAUGCUUGCAAUCACCAGCUGACUCCUGUGAGACAAAACAGGCACCAUACAGCCACUAUGGGGAUUGUGCUGGGUCGUUUCCGCAAGAAGCGGACAACGAUUGAAGUUUUGGAGGAUCUGGACAGGCGUAUCAAGGAAAUGGAAAAGCGACGUGCCAGUACAGAGCAGACACAUCGCGUCGUUAUCGGUCGUCUCGUGCUGUAUUCCGUUGGCACCUAUAUUAUUGCAGCAUUAGUGUUCUAUUUCUUUUUCUUCCCAGCUUCUCUCAGUGAACAAAUCUUCUAUAUAACACCACUGCUUGUCUUCCCAUUGAUUGUGAUACUUCUGAGACGCGGAAUCGUGUGGUAUUUCAAGCGACAAAUAACGAACAGUGAGACAAAGUUGGCACAAAUGGAAAAACAGAAGCAAGAUAUCCUUGAAGAAGUGAUGGACAAAGAAACUUAUAAGACUGCCAAACAGAUCUUAGAGAGAUUUGCACCAAAAAAGGAACUAGCUGUGGUGUCACCACUGCCUGCAAAGACAUCAGCCUCCAACCAGAAGGUUGAUAAUAUCUCCCCAUCUUCAUCAGCACCAGAUCUCAGACGCCGUCCUCUGGGGCAACAACAGCAGCAGCAACAACAACAACAACAACAACAACAACAACAACAACAACAACAACAACAACCACGAGAACAUUUCCAGCCACCAAAGACAUCUCUUGUUCCUAGGGGUCGCUCUCCCACUCUUCUGCAGUCAGCACCUAUAUUCCCUGCACCAAUGGGAGGUCGCUAUCCCGGUGGCUAUACUGGCCAGAGUAGGCUUGCCCCUGGCCCGCCAUUGCCCCGGCCGAUAGCACCUCGCGAGCGAUCGGUUGUUGACCGUCUAGUUGAUUUUCUUAUAGCUGAUGGACCAAGUAACCGAUAUGCACUCAUAUGUCAACAGUGCCAGUCGCACAAUGGCUUGGCUCUCAAAGAGGAGUUCGAGUUCGUUGCGUUCCGCUGCUGUUACUGUUAUGCAAUGAAUCCAGCACGUAAAGUGCGCCUGUCACCGCCUCGUAUUGAUGGUAUCGACCGUCCAUCCGCUGCCCCUGGAACUCUCCCCUCACUUCCUCCACCUCAUACCAUCGAUUCGUCUGAGGGUCCCACAGACAGUGAGUCUGAGCGUUUAUCUAGGUCAGACUCCUCCUCUGAAGAUGAAGAGGAUAAAAAGCAGCUAUCACCAUCAUCAUCUUCCACACUACCAGUAGAAGAGAACGUAGUACAUGGUGAUCAGCAUGACAGUGGAGACAAGGAGGAUGUGAAGAGUAAGCUGCAAGAGUCCGAUUCUGCCCCUCCGCUUCCUGCAGAGGAUGGUGAGAAGCAGCCUCCCUCAGAAGAAGCACAUAAAAUUGAGGAGCUGUCAGCUGCAGAGUAAUCCUUGUAGCUGGUGCUGGCACAGUUAGCUUUGCAGUUUGUCACAAGCUUUUCAUGUUGCCACAUUCUACUUCACUUUGGGAACCAAUUGUAAUAAAUAAUGUGCUUCCAGAUAAAAGUAUAGAAGUAUCAAAGUUGGUGUAAUCAUCCAACAUCAGAAGUCUUUGUACACAAAUGCAUGUUUCUGUUUCUUGUAUGGAUGUUAUUUGUUCUACACUAUUCUUGUUACCCUCAUUUCUUUGCAUUCUUUUGUUGCAUUUAAUUUUACAGCAGCCGUGGUUGGCAAAAAUCUCAUAUGAAUUGAUGCUUCAUUUAAGACUGCUUUGAGGACUUAAAAAUUCUAAUAACAGAAUAGAUUUUUAAAUUAUAAUGUUAAUUCUGUUUACACAUUGAGGAAUUUUUUUUUUGUGUAGCUUUUAAUUUAUUUUCGUAGUUGAGUAUACGUAAAUGCACAGUCAAUUGAAUAUUUAAAUUUAUUUAUUUGUACCUAAUAUGUUUCUACUACUGACAGAAAGUAUGAAUAACAUACUUUGUUGUAAGUUCUUACUUUUCCAUCUUUUGCCCAAAACUGGGAAGUUGUGUCAUACAACUUCAAUAAUUCUGUAAUGGUUGGGAUGUGUACAGCAGUCAAUUGAAAUUAUAAAAGUGUCUUAAAUAAUUGUUAUAGCAUUGCAGCAUGCUGCUAUAUAGAUUGUAUUUUUAUAUUUUGAAGUAAUUAAAGCAAUAAAUAUUUUGUUUGUAAGCUGCUCAUGAAA